CAGCUGGUGUUCGUGCUCUCUUCUAGUUCCGCAGCUCUGCUUGCUGAGAUUCAGAUCAAGCUCGCCGUGCACUCCGGAAAAUAAUUGGUGGUCAUACCCCAAGUCGCGAGACGCAGCCCGCGCUCCAACGCAGCAAACAUGUCUUCGUCAGCACAGGUCAUAGAUGCGCUGUUCGAGAGGACAGUGGAUAUCGUUCAGAGUCUACCAAAGACAGGUCCGAUUCAAACGAGCUAUGAGGAGAAACUGGCUCUCUACAGUCUGUACAAGCAAGCAACGGAGGGGAAUGUCACCUCUCGUAGACCUGGAAUGCUCGAUAUGCUGGGGAGGGCAAAGUGGUGCGUGCACAGAGCGAUUCACCUCGAUUGCAAUCCUCAGUCAUGCGUGUUGAUACGUCUAUCCGCAUGGUGCAGGGAUGCCUGGGCAGGUCGCAAAGGUCUCAGUAGCAUGGACGCAAAGCAGCUCUAUGUAGAAAGCAUGCUACGAACUUUGCGGAAGUUCAGCGACCGGCCCAUGGCGAUCGCUCUGAUUGAAGAGCUGGAAAGCUACUCUGGCGAUGUGGCAGAUCGGGUCAUGAGUGCUUCGCUUGCUCAAGCGGAUUCGGACACAGACUCGGACACUCGUCCGCCCUCCCCUGGAGGGCCAGCUCAAGCCUUGCAUGACUCAGAGUCGGAGAGGGACGCAGUCCCUCAGCUGCCGCCCUCUGCUUUGGCAUCGGCUUCAGUAUCUCGCCCGACGUCAGCACAGGCGACGAGAGGGCGAGGAGCAGCCUGGGCUGGCAGACAGAGCGCUGGACCUUCUGCCAGUCAACAGGGGCCGCAGCGCACAGGGAUGGGAUCCGCAGCCCCCGCGCCCGGUGCUCAAAUAAGUGACUCCGAGACGGAAUCGGAUGGAGACACGGCAGAGAGGUACGAAAGGAGACAGGCGGAAUUGGAGAGUGCAGCUGCAGCUGCAGCGGCUGCGAGGGGUCAGGGCGGCAGGCGAGGGCCGCCAGGUGGGCAAAGUCAUGGACCACCGGCAGCGCAUUCGAGAGGAUAUGCUACACCGCAAUCUUGGUCUCGAGGGCCUGGCAGUCUGAGCGGACACGGGGAUCAAAGAUUGUAUGCGCCUCCAGGUGGCGCGCGAAUGCCGCCUAGUGAGUCUGCUACAGGCUUUGGAGGAGGUGCGGGCGCUUCUCUCUACUCGACUGCAGCACCCUCUAGGGCUCCACCUGGACUCGGGGGAGCCCAUGGGCCUGGACCAGGUGGGGCCCCUCCCAGCGAACAGCAUUACUAUCAUCAUUCGGGAAGUGUCAGACCAUAUGCUCCUUCGUCGGUGGGUGGACGGUCGGGCGGAAGGCCGAUGCCACAGCAAGCAAGGGGCGCACCGUCAGGGGGAGGAGACGUGGAGCAGGCGCUGCAGUCCAUCCAAAACAGUCUGACCGCACUGCACGAAAGACUGAACCGGGUCGAGACGGACCGAGGCAGAUCGGGCUUGAUGGGCAUCUUCUUUGGAGGUAGUGCCGGAGCGGCGGGAGGAGCAUCUGGCGGAAGAAAUAGUCGAGGAGGAGCUUUGAGAGCGGCUUAUGGAGCUUUCGCCGAUGCUCUGCACGACAUUGCGAUAUUGGUAGGCCUAUCCUCUACGGUAAGGGGUAACGCUGCGCCACCCUCUUAUGCUCUCGCAUCUGGCUCGCGAGCAGGCAGAACAGCAACAGGAUCAGCUAGCGGGCGCUCGAUUGGAGGGUCUGGUAGAUCUCCAAGCGGAGCACCUUUGAGGCUGGCUAUUGCGGUGCUCAAUCUCAGCGUUCGACUGGCGUUGGACUUGACUAGCUUAGCUCUGCUUGCCAGUCUUGUCCUGCUGCUGAUCCAAAGAAUUACAGGCAGAGGAGAUCCCCUCCUUUUGCUUCGCAUUGCUAGACGCUGGAGACCUAGACGCCUUCUCAACGCUCCCGCAUCCAAUCGCGGCUUGCAGAACGACGCGCAGAAAGCUUCAACAGUGCAGGCAUAAAACGGAAGGAGCACCUCAGCAUCGAUCCACGUUUGUGCACGACGGAGC